AGAGGCGUGACGUGCUCACAAGUUGAGCAAACACCCCUCCCCUGAAGCCCAUCCCAAUUUCUGCUGGGAGUUCGGAGCCUGAGCUGCCCGGACGCGGGAGCUCGGAGAGGGCGGGACAGGUGGGCGCCCCAGAGAGGACGAGUCACCAGGCUUCAAGAUGCUGCGGGCACACAGGACCAAACUGGACAGGCUGGUGCGCAGCUUCUCCAAAGGGCUUCACCACAAAGCUGUGAUGGCCCUGAGGAGGGAGGAUGUGAAUGCCUGGGAGAGAAGGGCGCCUCUGGCUCCCCGGCACAUCAAAGGCAUCACGCAGCUGGGAUACAAGGUCUUAAUUCAGCCUUCCAAUCGCCGGGCCAUUCAUGAUAAGGAUUAUGUCAAAGCUGGUGGCAUUCUUCAGGAGGAUAUUUCUGAAGCUUGUCUAAUUUUGGGAGUGAAAAGACCCCCAGAGGAAAAAUUAAUGUCCAAGAAGACUUAUGCUUUCUUCUCGCACACAAUAAAGGCUCAGGAGGCCAAUAUGAGCUUAUUGGAUGAGAUUCUAAAACAGGAAAUCCGACUUAUUGAUUAUGAGAAAAUGGUGGAUCAUAGAGGACUUCGGGUAGUGGCGUUUGGACAGUGGGCAGGUGUGGCAGGGAUGAUCAACAUUUUACAUGGAAUGGGUUUAAGGCUCCUUGCUUUGGGACAUCACACACCUUUUAUGCACAUUGGCAUGGCUCAUAACUACAGGAACAGCAGUCAGGCCGUGCAAGCUGUCCGCGAUGCUGGCUAUGAAAUUUCUCUGGGUUUGAUGCCAAAGUCCAUAGGGCCCUUAACAUUUGUGUUCACUGGGACUGGUAAUGUAUCGAAGGGAGCCCAAGAUAUCUUCAAUGAACUACCCUGUGAGUAUGUGGAACCACAUGAAUUAAAAGAAGUUUGCCAAACUGGAGACCUGAGAAAAGUGUAUGGGACGGUGUUAAGUCGUCAUCAUCAUCUUGUCAGGAAAACAGAUGGUGUAUAUGAUCCUGUAGAGUAUGACAAGUAUCCUGAGCGCUACAUGAGCCGCUUUAGUACUGACAUCGCACCAUAUACAACUUGUUUAAUUAAUGGGAUCUACUGGGAACAAAACACCCCUCGUCUCCUAACCCGCCAAGAUGCUCAGAGUCUCCUGGCUCCAGGCAAAUUCUCAGAUGCUGGUGUUGAAGGCUGCCCUGCAUUACCACAUAGACUUGUGGCAAUAUGUGACAUUUCAGCGGACACAGGAGGAUCUAUAGAGUUUAUGACCGAGUGUACGACAAUAGAGCAUCCCUUUUGCAUGUAUGAUGCAGACCAGCACAUUAUUCAUGACAGUGUUGAAGGCUCUGGAAUUCUGAUGUGUUCCAUUGACAAUUUGCCGGCAGAGCUUCCAAUUGAAGCCACAGAGUACUUUGGAGACAUGCUUUACCCUUAUGUUGAAGAAAUGAUAUUGUCAGACGCAACACAACCUCUUGAAAGUCAGAAUUUUUCUCCUGUGGUGCGAGAUGCAGUGAUUACAUCCAAUGGUACAUUGCCUGAUAAGUAUAAAUAUAUCCAGAAACUCCGAGAGAGCAGGGAGCGUACUCAGACACUCUCAGGCACCAAGAAAAAGGUCUUGGUUCUUGGAACUGGUUACAUAUCUGAGCCUGUACUGGAAUACCUGUCAAGAGAUGACAACAUAGAAAUAACAGUAGGCUCUGACAUGAAGAAUCAAAUUGAACAGUUAGGAAAGAAAUAUAAUAUUAAUCCUGUUAGCGUGGACAUUGGUAAACAAGAAGAGAAGUUGGGCUCCUUGGUGGCAACACAGGAUCUUGUCAUCAGCUUGUUGCCUUAUGUCUUGCAUCCUCUUGUGGCCAAGGCAUGUAUCACAAACAAAGUUAACAUGAUCACUGCAAGCUACAUAACACCAGCACUCAAAGAGUUAGAAAAGAGUGUGUCAGAUGCUGGCAUCACAGUCAUUGGCGAAUUGGGAUUGGACCCUGGUCUUGAUCAUAUGUUGGCAAUGGAGACAAUAGAUAAGGCCAAAGAAGUGGGAGCCACGAUUGAAUCUUACGUUUCCUACUGUGGGGGGCUUCCAGCCCCUGAGCAUUCGGACAAUCCUUUGCGAUACAAGUUUAGCUGGAGUCCCGUGGGAGUUUUGAUGAACAUCAUGCAGCCUGCCACCUAUCUGCUCAAUGGCAAGGUUGUGAAUGUUGCAGGCGGGGGCUCAUUUCUUGAUGUGGUUACUCCCAUGGAUUAUUUCCCCGGAUUAAAUUUGGAAGGCUAUCCCAACAGAGACAGUACAAAAUAUGCUGAGAUCUAUGGCAUUCCGUCUGCUCACACGUUGUUGCGGGGGACGCUGAGAUAUAAGAUUUUAAGCUCCUGGAGGGCGGGUACCUCUACUCUCAUGAAUGUGACGUUCUCACUGUCCAGGAAUCAAAUGAGAUGUCAGUGAUAACAUCCUAAGGAGAUCUAGGAAGCUGGGAUGUUCUACGAGCCUUCAGGCACAGCAGAGAUUCUAGCGUGAGUUGAAGCCAAACCAUCCCCAGCUCUGGCAGAUUUCUUAAUUCUGUUUUCUUCAAUUUGUUCUAAGAGUAUAAGUAGUAACUUUUUGGGGGGAGUUUAGGAAUUAGGAUUUCCUGCUAGUGUUAGGUAUAGUGUCUUUCCAAACAUAUAGACCCAGGAAUUGAAGGCUUCGAGAGAUUUAAAAAUUGAAUAAGCUCUCAAGAAUGUGGAUAGAUGAGAGGCAUCCCCACAGAUUCCUGGAGGAUGGAAGAUGUGACAGUGUUCAUAUCCAUGAAGGCCACCAUCCUGAGCAAUGUCAGCAAUCUUUCAGUGACUGGAAUAUUCUUUCCCGUAUUGGAGAUGAGGCACUAUCAUCAAAGGAUGACAGGGAGACUCUUGUCUUGGCUGCUCUCCUGUACCUGCCUGUCACUUGCUUGUCCUUCCAGACCCAGCUUGAUAUCACCUUCCCCAGGGGUCUUUCCUGACUCCUUCUCCUUGACUCCCCUCCCCCACAUCUAUGUGAGUUUCUCCUCCUCUGUGUCCCCAUAGCUCUGUGUUUGCCCGUGUCAUAGCACCUAUAAUAUUCUACUGAAUUGUGGUCAUCAGGGGUCAUGUCGUUUUGCUCACUGUGUGCCAGGCAGUAUCUGUUUGACUUAUCUGACCCUUUUACUGGACGACAGUUUCUUCAUGGGUGGGGACUGCAUUUUUCAUCUCUGUGGCCUCAGUUGCAGCGUAAGUCUGACACAUGGCAGCAGUUGGCUAACUGCUUAUGGAUGAAUGAAUACACACAAUAAAUUCAUUUCUAGAGGCCACUGAAAAAACUGUAUAAUCUGCUCACCAUUUUCUGAGAUUAAGAAAUAGAAAAUGUCUCAGUGUUUGAGAUGUCAGAUGAAGGGACCUUUGGCACUUGUCAGGUCUUAGAUGCAAGCUGGGGGUAUUGCUUUUUUGUUUUUCCUCUUUAAAGUGUAUUUACAUUGGGUUAGAGCAAGUAAAUGUGAAUUCUUUACUUAGUAACCUUUGAACAGUUUGAAUAAUACAACCUUUCAGAAAUGUGAAAAUUACUAGUUGACCACACAUUAAGUGGUGAAAUAACCAAUGACUACAGGAAGUAUUUUAUAUUUUAAUAACUUUAUUGCUUCCUAAAAUAAUUUCCUGCCCUUCUCCUCCUCUUUGUCCUCCUCCUCCUUCUUUUCUUUCUCUCUCUCAGUAGUUGCAGCAACUACAAAGCCCCUUAUUUGGGCCUUCCCACUUCCCCCCUGAUUUGCUCACAGGGGGAACAUGCUGUUGUGGUCUUCCUUCACGUCAUCGUCAUUUGAUCUCUUUCAGCAUACUGGAAUGCUGGAUAAUGGGGUGAGGGCGUGGGGGUGAAGGACACUCAUGCACACACUUUCUAGACUUACAGUCCAGUAGCACUUGUGUUAAGUGCUGUGAUAGAGUAUGUACAAAACGCUACAGAAGUACAGAGAGGAAGAGAGUGCCCAUUCAGCUAGGGGGCUCGGUAGGUAUGCUGAGCUGGGCCUUAAGGGAGGAGUAAACAUUUUAUGGGCGAGGAAAGGUGGCUACCACGUUCCAGGCACAGGAGCAGCAUGCACGGAGGCCCAGGUCUCUGGAAGAGCACAGCAUGUUCGGGGCAUGGUGAGUGGUAGAAAUGGUGAUUAAUGAGUCAGGCUGGAGGGGCAUGUUGUGGUGGGUUUUAUAUAAUAUGCCAAGGACUUCAGACUUGUUCUGUAGACAAUGAAGGACCCAUGUGGAAUUUUUAUCAGAGUGAUGACAUUUUAGAAAAAUUUCUCUGUUUUUUUUCCUGCUCCCUAAGUGCAUUAGGAUAGUGAUUUUUAAUCAGUAGAAUGAAUAGAAUGAAUGAAUUCUCUGCUUUUGGGGCAGUAGUCUUACAAGGUCCUUCUUCCUUUAUAAGAGAGAGAACAACUGUUCUAUUAAAUACUACUCUGCUGAACUGAAAGCAUAAAACACAAGAGGAAAUGUGCCCUUACGCUGUCAGAAAAUACCACUCACAUGUAAUCCUGAAACAGAAGUAAAGACCCAAGUUUUGCAAGGUCUCUUAUGUAUACCUGUGGAAUUGUGACACUGCUGAUUUUGGUUUGAACCUGAAGGUGGUUGCAUCCAUAAUAGUAAUACAAAUGACUGUUUUCAACCUGUUUGCUAAAUGAGUUACAAAGAUAGAUCCUUCUUUUGAAAAAAAGCUUUUUAAUUUUUUUU